ACUUUUUACAGUAUAUGUCUCGUCAAAGAUGAAUUUCCAAAACCAAUGAUGAGGCCUUGGUGGGAUUUUAAAAACAGUCCUGAAAGAUUGACAGAUCCUGCUGAACACCCUCAACCGGAUUUAUAUUCUGUAAGCCAACGAUUUGUGACAAUCGAGUCUGCAUUUUGUGGAGAUCCCUUGACGUCUAAGGUUUUGAAGAAUGCUUGGGUUGGAGCGAGCAUUACGUCUCAGCUCGCAUCGGCCUUGGCAGUGGCAGAAGAAGCCUAUAACUUCGAGCACAGGGACUUGCAUCUCGGAAAUAUACUCAUCCAAAGGACAGAUUCCGUAUCCUUGAAAUACACAAUCUACGACUUCCAUUUCUCUGUCCAAACAGUGGGGCAUCAAGCUUUUAUAAUCGACUUCAAUCUGUCGAGGAUUUAUGGCGGCGAUAAAGUGUAUUGCGUUAGUUUGGAUAGCUGUGUUUCAAAAGAUGAGUCUUCUUGUGAAGUCUCUGAAAAUUCUUGGUUGCAUCAUGGUACUAUCUACAAGAUAAUGUUGGAAUACAGCAGGGGAAAUUGGGAGAAUUUCAUGCCUAUCACGAAUAUAAUCUGGCUGAAGUAUCUGAUAGAAAAUAUUCUGGAGUAUUUGCAACGAAACAACCCUGGACUUCGAAAAUUAACAGCUGUCGACAGUGAACGAGACCAAAUGAAAGCAGUGAGGUUGCUUAAGAAAUGGAAUGAUUGCAUUCUAGAACAUAAAUCAGCUGCUAGUUUCUUACGCAAAGUUAUUUUUAAAGACAAUCCUCUAGUCACAAUAGAAAGAAAAUACAAAAAUUUAAACAUUUAAUUUCCUGUUCUAUUUGUCUGCAUCUCAUAGUAAAAAUUAUUAUUUCUCAAUCUUGUAAUUUGAUGAAAUAAAAUGAAUGUUGUCGUCUG